CUCCCCUCCCCUCCCGGGGCCGCCCCGUAGCCCCCCUGCCCCAGCCAUGGCGAAGCAGUACGAUGUGCUUUUCCGGCUGCUUCUGAUCGGGGAUUCCGGGGUCGGCAAGACCUGCCUUCUGUGCCGCUUCACGGACAACGAGUUCCACUCCUCCCACAUCUCCACCAUCGGAGUUGACUUUAAGAUGAAGACUAUAGAAGUAGAUGGCAUCAAAGUUCGGAUACAGAUUUGGGAUACUGCAGGGCAGGAAAGAUAUCAGACCAUCACCAAGCAGUACUACAGACGGGCCCAGGGAAUAUUUUUAGUCUAUGACAUCAGCAGCGAGCGGUCUUACCAGCACAUCAUGAAGUGGGUCAGUGAUGUGGACGAGUAUGCACCAGAGGGAGUCCAGAAAAUCCUUAUUGGGAAUAAGGCUGAUGAAGAACAGAAAAGGCAAGUGGGAAGAGAACAAGGCCAGCAGCUGGCUAGAGAGUAUGGCAUGGACUUCUUUGAAACUAGUGCCUGCACCAACCUCAACAUAAAGGAGUCCUUCACUCGUCUGACAGAGUUGGUUCUACAGGCGCACAAGAAAGAGCUUGAUGGUCUGCGAGCACAUGCCAGGGAGGAGUUGGCGCUGGCUGAGUUGGAAGAGAAAGACAGCAAAACUGAAGGCACAGGGAACUCUUCAAAAAAUUGCUGGUGUUGAGGAACCCGUGCAGGGCAUCCCCCUGCUCUGUGCCACACUUUCCCCUCCACAGACCAGGGGACAGUAAAGGGCUCUGGGUCUCACUCCCCUACUGCUCUUCCCCCACCCAGAUAACUUCACUGAAUGUCAGUAGGUAUCAUUGUCCAGCCCCUGGAGCAGGGUCCCUGUCCUCUGUCAGUGACCUCUUCCCCUCCAGGCACUGGUGUCCUCAAACGUUUACCCCGAGCCUCAGGCUUCCUGUGUUCCCAAGACGUGUAGUGAGAAGCAUCUACAACCUCUAUCGCUUUACUCCCCCAUCUUGCUUCUUUGGGUCCUACCUUCCUAGAGUGCCUGAGACCAUAGCUACAUCCACUCUUUUGCCUCUUUCUGUCUCACAGCCACACAUACACACACACACAUCCAUGAUUCUCCUACCCUUUGGUACUAUCAGUGCUGUCAAUGCCUCCAUUCCUUUCUUCCCUCUGUUCCUUCCGCCUGAAGUGGGGGUUAGUUUAAGGAGCUGGAGCCAAGUUCGUAAGUCUUUUUUAUUUCUGUGCUCUCUGACACAGGGAGUACCACCACCUAUGGCAUUCAUUCCCAUGUCCCAUCCUUUUUGCAUCAUAUUUGCCACAGUAUUGUGAGGCAACCAGGAGGGAUCAGGGCAGAGGGAGUGAGCAUCCCACCGGAUAGGACCUUAGCAUGUGGCAGAGCCUACCUACCCACUUUGUCCCUCCCCGCCCUCUGGUGUCUGACCCUGCCUGACUACUUCUAGCAUUUUGGGAGCAGUCUUUUACUAGAAAAUUAAACAUGGAAGCAGAAAAAAAAAUAUCAAGAGGAGGCUGGGUAAAGGAAAGAAGUAGCUCAGGAAAAGGAGUCUGGGUAGGUGAGAAGAAAACUCCCUUGUUUGGGAGGAAACUGACUUCUUUGUCAAGUUGGUCUCAUUUCCCUCACUUCUAUCUUCUCCCUACUCAUAAGCACAUACAUUUUUCUGUUCCUGUUCCUGGGCUCCUAUAUUUGGAGCAGGUAGAUCAGGGAGAUGAGAUCCUACUAUAGGGAAGACUUUAGGACUAAUGUUACCAAUAUAGACAAAUUCUUAAGGGAUUGGUUGGGGGGGCCAGGUAUAAAAUCCAUGGAAAAGGAGGGUAGUCUGUGAGAUGAUGGCAACAAUUCUCUCUUGGACUGCAUCCUCAAGGAAAGGUGGAAUUAGUUUUCUGCCUUCACUUUCUAACUGAGAAAAGCAUUUUUCCAUGAUCCCUUGGGACUGGGGAGGGAAGCUGUACCUCUUCAGUACCUUUUUCUUGAACCCAACUCCCUUCUAACCCAAUCCAUGGAUUUGCUUGACAAAGAAUUAGUGGGAGAAGGUCAUAGACUUUUAUAUAUCCUACCUUUGUUUCAGGAAUGAGGCUGAGGAGUGGGAGAAGUACCACAUCCUAGGUGAGAAGCUCUUAAUGAUAUUCUGGGCACCCUUAAGGAUGAAGUUGCACAUUUUACUUCUCCAGUGGGCUGAUGGUGAUGGAAUAUUUCCGGCUGAAAUUCAUUGUACUGUGACUGCUAGCAGGAAAGAAGGAGGCUAUGAUGUUUAUUCAGAGCCUCUAAUUUAGGAAUUUCCCCUGUGUUCCUGAGGCUCCACAUGUCAUAGUCCUAGGAUGGGCCAACUUGCCUUCAAGUCUAAAGAGACUGAAAGUAUGCUUGCCACUUUGAAGAUCAGGGUAAUCAGCUCUCCUUUGGGGUUACCCCACCCUGGCAUCCCAAUAUAGGAGCAGCCUAGAGGAGAGGUCAUUUAUCCAGCUGCCUCUUGAUACCUCAGAUAGGAGUCCUAACAAGACUAUUGGGGAUUCAACAGCUUAGAAGUAAAAUUCAUUGAGUACCAUGGCAAAGGGUAAAGGGUGUGGGACCAUGCACCCCUUACAACACGCUAUCUAAAUAGUUCAAUUCAGUCUUUUCCCCAUAACUCAGGUUAUAGAAAGGUCAGGGAAGUUAAGAAUGGGAAUAGGUUGAGGCUGGUAGGAAAAACAGGAACAUGUGGGACUUCUAAUUAAUGAGAGACUUAAGGUUAAGGGAGAGGAGACAAGGUGGGACUCCACUUAAAUCAGCUAAAUUUAUUAAGCCUCUAUUAGAUGUUUAAUUGAUAAUCAAUAAGUAUUAAGUGCCUCCUAUGUGCCAGGCACUGUG